GUGAUGAGAUAAAGAGGGAGGUAUAAUAUGCAGAGUGUGCUUAUUUGCAUGAAAACUAGAAAUGUGUCAACAAUUACGUUAUAAAGUCAUGAUAUCGGUAUUUCCGACACACCUUGAAGGCAGCUGCGGCACAGACGUGGCCGUGGCGCAGCUGCUGCGUUCAAGUGUCGCAGUGUCCCGUUUGGUGGAGGCAGAGAGGAAGUUUGACUCUGCACUGCAGCCCGAGCGCUGCUGUUGCCCACAGGAAUACAACACAACAAUGGCGACUCCCAGUCCUGACAGCAACUCCACAAGCUCCAGCAACAGCAGCAGCAUAGUCGGAUCCACGUCGCAUCAUUUUCACCCGCAGACACAGAGCAGCAGCAUGCAAGAAACCAACAGCUGCUGGAGAUGUCAAAAUGAAACAGGGUUUCAGAUAAGCCUGUCUGGAGUGCCCCAAAGUAAACGCAAAGCUCUGAAGCUGAAUUUCGCCAGCCCUCCAGUGAAACCAGCCUCUCGGCUUCCGCUCCAUCCAACGGCUCCAUCUUUCCAGAACCCUCACAUAGAGCGCCUGCGGACACACAGUAUCGAGUCGUCAGGGAAGCUGAAGAUCUCUCCAGAGCAGCAUUGUGACUUCACUGCAGAGGAUCUAAGAGACCUCGGGGAGAUCGGUCGCGGGGCGUAUGGCUCCGUCAACAAGAUGGUCCACAAACCCACGGGCCAGAUCAUGGCUGUCAAGAGGAUUCGCUCCACUGUGGAUGAGAAGGAGCAGAAGCAGCUGCUGAUGGAUCUUGACGUGGUGAUGAGGAGUAGUGACUGUCCCUACAUUGUUCAGUUCUACGGCGCUCUCUUCAGAGAGGGGGACUGUUGGAUUUGUAUGGAACUUAUGGCUACCUCAUUAGACAAAUUCUACAAAUAUGUAUAUUGUGCAUUAGAUCACGUCAUUCCAGAGGAAAUAUUAGGCAAAAUAACAUUAGCGACCGUUAAAGCACUGAACCACUUAAAAGAAAACUUGAAAAUAAUUCACAGAGACAUCAAACCUUCCAACAUUCUAAUGGACCGAAAGGGUAAUAUCAAGCUGUGUGAUUUUGGCAUCAGCGGUCAGCUGGUGGACUCCAUAGCCAAGACCAGAGAUGCAGGCUGCAGGCCUUACAUGGCGCCUGAAAGGAUAGACCCCAGUGCUUCCAGACAAGGCUACGAUGUCCGCUCUGAUGUGUGGAGCUUGGGAAUCACCCUGUAUGAGCUGGCCACAGGAAGGUUCCCUUAUCCCAAGUGGAAUAGUGUUUUUGAUCAGCUGACUCAAGUUGUGAAAGGGGAGCCUCCCCAGCUCAGCAACUCAGAGGAGAGGCAGUUCUCCCCCAAGUUCAUCAACUUUGUUAACCUAUGCCUUACAAAGGAUGAAUCAAAAAGGCCAAAGUACAAGGAGCUUCUGAAACAUCCUUUCAUUUUGAUGUAUGAAGAGCGCUUCGUGGACGUCGCCAGUUACGUAUGUCGCAUCCUGGAUCAGAUCCCCGCCUCUCCCAUCUCUCCCAUGUACGUGGACUGAUGGAGUUUGGCUGGGGGUUGGGGUGAGAGGGGUGGGGUGGGGUGGGGUGUGGGGCGGGGUUCACCCAACAUGCAGUGGGAGGAACACUAAGCUUUGUGAUGCAGCGCUUUGACAUCUUAGCCCUCAGAGUUACAUAGGAUCACCUGUUAAUUCACACGUUCCAAAGAACAAAGGAACUAAGUCCAAACAGUGUAAUGAGCAGAAUAUUGUUAACUCUUCCAGCUCCCAUCACCUCAUUAUAGUCAGUGAAAUCUAAAAUAUCAUCAGCCAUCUUCAGCCAGAGAAACUUGAAGACAUCGUCUUCGUAAAAUGCAAUGCAUCUUUUUAUGUGGGGAAAAAGGAAUAGAGUAUAUACUUGAAGUCGUUGUACACAAAUACAGAAUCUACCAAAUAAAAUGUUGAACAGUGACACUCAUGACGUAUGAACAAAAAUAGCCAACUAUUGAAAUGUACAUUGUGGACUGUAUGUAUGCAUAUGUGUGUUCACCUCUGAAUUGUCGACAUGUACAGAUGUAUGCUGAUAGACCUACUGUCUAAACACACACACACUCUCUUUUCACACAGUUUGUUGUGGGCACCUUCACUCGUGGUAAAUGAAUGAGUAUGCAAAAGCGUUUCUCUCUGGAGAGCUCAUGGAUUCGGUAGCGUGGCUUUACUUCUGUCUUUUUUUCAAUAUGCAAUCUGUGAGAGUUUGUCUUGACACGUUUGGGACAUAUACAUUUCUCACAUCUAACGUUAGCCGGAGUUUGUACCUUUCAUGUGUUGUCAUUACGUCUGAGUCACAGAGCUAAACGUGGUUUCUUAAAAGAAAAAUCCUCAGCUUAGAAGAUCAUGCAACAGAAGUAUCACACUUUAAAGUUAUUUGCAAAAUUGCUUUAUGCCUCUUGUGACCAUCUGGAUCAAACAGUAUUUCGUCCACUACACAGUGAUUUGACUGAAAAAAAACAAAACAAUUUCAUUGUAUCCGAAAAACAAGCUUGUUCUCAUUCCCAAGUCAUCAAAUACUGACGCUUCCCAUUGUAAACCCAUCAGCAGCAAUACUUGGCGCUCAGAGCAACUGACGUAGUAUAAAGAGCAAGAAAGUCGGAACAAAACCUGACUUUCAUCUAGGAGAAAACAUUUUGUGUUUUGCAUGAAACCAAAAGUCAGUGUUGUUUUUUCAUAGCAUAUCUUGUACCUAUGUCCUGUGCGAAACCACAACAACCACCUACAGUGGUAGCAAUUGACGUCACCCACGUAACAUAUUACCGCCACAUUAUGCUACAUUACAAACAUAACAUGAUCUUUUUUCUAGACCUAUACAAAGUAGUGUUGCCUAAACUUAACCAUGACGGUUGUACAACAUUAAUCAUGUGCUACAAUUUUUUUCAGCUGUGCGUCACAUAAAGACUCUAAAGGGUGCCCUGUGCGUCGCUAUGAGACGCCGAGGGCCGUGACAAAGCAUCUGUACUUGACUUACCAGAACUGCAGGAAGUGUUGUAGGUUUUUGCUUUUUCCUAGAGAUGGUCGAUUCCUCCUCAGACAAACAGAUGUUUAGCUCUGUCAUUCAAACACAAUUAUAAUUCAUAAGAUGCACAAACUGCAGCUAAUGCAACGCUUCAUUGCCUGAUGUAAAGUUACUUUAGGACAUUAUGUCCACUGAUGUAAAUGUGUAUGUAUAUAGUACAUCUAAUCUGCUGUUCCUGGCAGGUUCUGCUUGACAGUUAAGGCUCAAAUCAAGCGGUGAGGAGACCUGGGUGCAGAAUCGAAGUGUGUCUGUAUGUUUCAGUUUGAGAAUGAGUCCUAAUGCUCCUCAGCAGCCUGCCAUAGCACUGUACAGUUAAACUGCUCAUCCACACUGAUCACAGAUGCACCAUGCUGCCAUAUAAAGGCAAACAGUAGUGACUACAGUUUUUAAAAGUCCUGGCAAGGGUUUCCUCUUGAGAAAAAAAAUGACAUCCGUAAAUGCUGCUAAAUGACAUAAUGUCCACUUCUGUACCAACCACACAACUGUCAGGAGAGGAGGAAGGUCUCUCCUCACAUGGUUACUGCUCUUUGACCCUUAAGGUCUUCAUGGACUCAGCAUGUUCCUCCGUGACUUGGCAUGUCUGUCUGGCUCGCACUGAUGAUAGAAUGUUUCCCACGCCAAACUAUGUAUUACACUUGGGUUGAUCUCUGUAGUCUUAGAAGCGUUCCCUUACCUGUUUUCCUCCACCGGCGCUGAUAUACCAGGACAGGCUAAAGGGAGGUUGCAGCUUGAGACUAUUGAGAUCCACCCGCCGCUGUUCCCUCUCAGAAAGCCACACCUACCAGGUGGGGUCACUCCCCCGCAGAGCGGAAGCUACUUAACCAAACUGUCCAUAUGGAUGGUGGUCCUUUAAAACUGGGACACUGUAGAGACUUGUAAUGUAAUGAAUUUAAUGGAUAAGGAUGGAAUUAUUUACAUUUUAUAUUUGUCAACAAAUCCCAUUAAUAUAAUAUUAAAUACUACCAGGCUUAUCUUUUAACCUAGCAAAUACUAGUUAUUUAAUUUAAUGUAACAGAGCUGAUACAGUAAUAACCCAGUAGGUAUACAAUGAUUUAAAGGGACACUUCACCUGCCAAAGGAUGAUUUGUGUAUCGAUUACUUCCCCUGUUACAGUGAAUUUGUGGAGAAAACUUUAUCUUGCAUGCCUCCACGGUUGAUGAAGAACCAUAAAAUGAAAUUCUCAAUGACUUGAAGUCAUAGGGGUCCACAUUUAAUAACAGCAAAACUAUCAAAACAUCCAUUUCCAAACUCACAUACAACUUGUGCAGUACAGUCCCAGUCUCAGGGGUUAGUUCAGGCCCCAGCAAGGUAAAAUGUCAAUGGAGUCUGGCUUUGAAGUGAGCAUAGAUAAGUUUCACUUUUAGCUCAGUUCCCCAUUGGAAAGGGACGUCUGUUUAGGAAGUACUGAGCAUACCACUGGAUAAAUGAGACUUGGAUUAUACUGCAUGAGUUGUGUGAGAGUUCGUGAACCCAUGUUUUUAUAUAGUUUUGCUGUUGUUAAAUGCAGACCCCUUUGACUUCAAUUCAUCGAGACUUUUCUCAGUUUAUGGACUCUUUUUACCGUAGAUGUGAGAAAUACUUUUUUUUUUAUGAAUUCAAUGAAACACGGGGUGAGUAAUGGAUAUACAAAUGAUCAUUUGGGAGGUGAAGUAUUUCCUCAAGUCAACAGCUGACUUUCUCAAGAUCUGCAGAAUUAUUACUAUUAGUGUAAAACUUUUAGCUUAUUGUGAAGAAAUUACAUUUCAGCAAGGAACUUGCUGAAACGGCCACUCCAGCAAUUUUAGUAUUGUGUUUGACUGCAAGAGACAGACUAAAAAAUUAUGGUCAAAAUUGAUUCAGCAAAGGCCUAGAUAUCCUCAC